UUUUUAUAAAAUACAACAAAUUAAAUUUGAAGUAUCUCACUUUUUAAGUCGCUCCUAGUAUCCUAGAUAGAGUUUUCAUAUUAUUAAAAUAUGCGAUUUAAUGAAAAGGAUAUACGAUUUUUUGCGAAGUCAAGAAAAGCUGAUAAGGAAGGUCGCCUAAGCUACAAAACUCAAAAGGAAAGCUAUAGACAGAAAUGGGUAAGACUGCAAGGGAACAUGCUAUUCUACUAUAGAUUAAAUGAUAAAGGAAUGCUAUCAGAUUCAGAGCCUCAGUUUGCAUUUGUCCUGGAGAGAUAUACAGUCAAGAUAGAACAGAAUGCUGACGCUCCAUUUGCGUUUUCAUUGUUAUUUGCUGGGGAUGGACCAGAACGGAAGCAUAUAUUCAGUGGACAGACUCUACAAGCAUGUCAAGAAUGGGUGGAAUGUAUAAAAAAGGCAAGUAUGGAACAUCUGCAAUCCUACAUCUAUGACCUCCAGGCAAAGAUCAUUAGCAUCACUGGAAAGGACCCAUUGAUUGAAUUGAGACGGAACCCUCAUAGGUUUCUAGGACGUCCAGCAACAUACCAUUCGGACACACAAUCUAACAAUACACAGAUCACAACCCGGCCUGUCUCGGAGCCUGUCAAUUCUAAUACACCGCUACAAUCAGGGAGUACAACUAAAUGGCACACAGAGAAAACAGAUCAGACCAAGGUGAAACCAAGCAGACCUGCCCCUAAUAUACCAUCUAACACUCCCACUGUACCAACAUCUUCCCAUAAAGAGUCCUCAACUUGGGAUCCUUUUGAUUCAUCUGACUACAAAUCUGACCAUUUUGGCAUGGACUCAUUCAAACCUAAUAAUGAGAACAACAUAUCUAAACAUUAUCCAUUUGGCCAACCAUCAAAAUCUGAUCCAUUCGGUCAACCAUCAAAUUCUGAUCCAUUUGCCCAGUCAUCAAAAUCUGAUCCAUUUGCCCAGUCAUCAAAAUCUGAUCCAUUUG